AUGCCAGAUACAGAGCAACAGGCCCAUAUCGCCCGAGACAUCCUCAGCAAGCCCCCGAAGGAGGUGAAGAAGCUGGCAAGAGAAGGCUACUGGGCAGCGAGCCGCGCUCUGAGAGCUCAGGUCUACCACCAGCUCAUCCAGCAGGUCGCCUGCCGUCUCGUCACCCCAGAUGCUCUUGUCUACAGGGACGUGGCAAGUCGGCUCUUCGGGAAGCUAAGUGUGAGCUCGCAUCCUUUGCCUGAGUUCCUGGAAGGAUGCUCCAUGCCCACCUACUGCCUCAACAUGGAAGGGGUCACCGCCUUGAAGAAGAUCCUCAUCUGUGUUGGCAACCUUUUCCCCAACAUAACCUACAGCCCGAUCCUCCCCUCUCUGGUGGCUCUGCUGCUGCACUACAGCGAAGAUGAAGCUCAGUGCUUCGAGAACAUCUCUCGCCUCAUUGCCAGCAAUGCUCCCCACACCAGCUACAUUGACCAGUCCUUCCUGGCCCACCAGGCCUCCUGCAUGACUUUUGGGGAUCUGGCCAACAAGCACUGCCCAGCAGCUCACAAACUCAUAGCCAGCACCUCUGAGAAUGUCUUUGAGGUCUACUCCAAAUGGUUAUCGUGGCUCUUUCACGACCUCCCCUUCAAUUACGCCAUCCGUGUCUUUGAUGUCUACCUGCUAGAGGGGCAGAAGGUCCUCUACCGCAUUGCUCUGGCCUUGCUGAAGCAGUACAGGCUCUCAGUGACCUCCGCCAAGCUGGAGGGGACCGACAUCAAGGCAGACCUCCAGGCUUUCGUGCAGAACGUUGCUGAGCACGUGACUGUCGACAAACUCCUAGAGAGAGCCUUUGGCAUCCGGCUGUUCUCCCGCAAGGAAAUCUGGCUUCUCCAGAUGGCCAACAGGAAGGCGUUAAUGGAGAGGGGCAUAACCAUGGUGCAGAGCAGUAACGGACCCCCUCCCUCGCACAGGCAGUCCUUCCACCUGGCCGUGGACAUACAGAACUUCAUCUCCAGCACUGUAACAGCUCAGGAGAUGCGCAUCAUCUGGUCCUGGAUCCCUGAGCGCUUCUCCCUCUUCCCCCCGCUGCUGCUCUUCUCCACCUCAGAAGAUGGGUGCAGCCUGCAGAG